AUGCCGUCGUCGUUUGCAUCAACACUGAAUGACAUCGGAUGGGCAGUGAACGGUCCACUUGUGGGCUCAACCUAUCAAGAAAUGAAGAGGAUUUCACGAACUGCUUUCUCGUCAGGAGUCACGUGUGAAGAUGUCAUGUUUACAAGCAUGUCAAGCGACGUUUUAACGUGUUCGGCGUCUGCCAGCAUUAGCGCAUCGAUCAGUACUGAGGUCAUGGUCGGCAUACUGGCAAGAGAACAUUCCGAUUCGACUUCCUCGAGGAUCAAAUGGACGUUCGACGUUGAUCUACCCAUGUUUUAUAUUGGAGAAGUGAACGUGGUGUUGCUAAUGCGAAUACUGGUACACUGGUUGAACUGUAAAACGUACUGA